AUGGAAAGAAGUAAGGAAAAAAGCGAAGGAGUCUUCGAAGUCUCAGCUAGAGAAGUAUACCCACCCCCGGGGAAAAAUGCAGGUGGAGAAGUUAGGAACCACCCGAGAAACAGGGGGAAUAGGCCAGUCAACUUCACACAGUUUAAUGCAAAUGCGAUGAGGUACUAUAUACCUUUUAUAAUAAAGGCAGAGAACAAUACAAGACCCAAUGAUGGCGAAACGAUUGAUAUCAAAGGACUAACAGGUCAAGGGGAAGAAAUGAUAAACAAGAUUAUGGAAGCAGUGGCUGGAUUAAUAAGGGCAAGGAUCAAAACAGCAACCCGCUAA